AUGACAAUGAGAGGACAUCGCUUCAGAGAUUUAAAAUGUUUCUCUCUGACCCUUCAGGUCGUUUAUCGUCUUGGAGAGGAAAAAAUUGCUGCAACUGGAAGGCAGUUCAUUGCUCUAAUGACACUUCCCAUGUUCAGCACAAACUGGGCUGAACCUAUAUCGUUGCUUGCCAACCUUAGGGAGCUAUCAUUCUCGGAUUGUAGCAUUUCUGGUCCAUUUCCACUUCAUGAAUUUCACAAUCUCUCACGUCUAUCGCUUCUCCGAAUGGAUUCUAAUCCAAUGAUCUCACAAAUUCCAAUUCAGCUUGCUACUUUCACAUCUCUUUCAGUCCUUGACUUGAACAAUUGUCAGUUGCAAGGUUCAAUGCCUUAUCUUCCACAACUUCAAUACUUGGAUGUCAGUGUUAACAAAGAUCUCAUUGUUAAUCUCCUUCACGUAUUCGAUCAACCAUGGCCUAAACUUCAAUUCCUUUCAAUUACUUUGACUAAUGUUGUUGGGACGAUCCCAAGUUCUGUUUCAAAUGCAUCAUCACUGGUCAAUCUUCUUGCAUCACAUUGUUCAAUUCGAGGAUCCUUCCCGGAUUCUAUUUCAAACCUUUCGCACUUAAAAUAUCUAGACCUCAGUAACAACUAUUUGAAUGGUCCCAUUCCUUAUUCAAUCUCCAAUCUAAGAAAUUUGCAAGUGUUAAAUUUGAAUGAAAACGAUUUACAUGGUCCCAUCCCAAAAUCAAUAUGUGAGGUUUCGUCACUUGCAACUCUUCUUGUAACAAGCAACAAUUUGGAUGGAUCAAUGCCAAGUUGCAUUUUCAAGCUUCGAAAACUGCAGGUGUUUGAUAUCACAGGCAACAAUUUAAAAGGAACUCUCUCAUUUAGAUCAAUAUUCCUAGAGUUGAACCCUGUAUGGAUUUCUUUUGACAGUAACUUUCUAGAUAUAAAGAUAGACAUCAAUUACUCGUUGACAUCUAAAUUUGAACGGCUGCAACCCUUGGGCCUGCAGCGUUGCAACUUGAAAGGGUCUAUCCCAACUUUCAUUUGCAAUAUGACUGAACUUUAUCGGUUGGAUUUGUCACGUAACAACCUCAGAGGCUCUAUCCCUUCUUGUAUCUUCAAACUCCCACAUCUGUCUUUCUUAGAUCUCUCAAACAACAGCCUAGAAGGAACACUACCGCCUUCAAUACAUCUUACUCAAGAAUACCCAUUUUCAGCACUACUAUUAUGGCGGAACAAACUCCGGGGAUCACUUCCUCUUCCACCUAAAAUGUCGAGGGUUUUGAUUUGUCGGAUAAUGAAUUCACUGGUGAAAUCUCGGAUGAAGUAA